AUGGGAAAACGAAAACCUUUGAAUAAUCAUUCACCGUCCACAUUUUCUCCUGUUCAUCAUCACAUGAAUUUACUGUGUCAGCAAAUGUUUCUAUACGCGAAUUGUCAGUCAAGAAUGGAUGCUUCAUUUACAAAACAAUUAUGUUUGUUAACUUCGAAAAAUUUAAUAACACUUAGUCAAAAGUCUCAGACACGUUUAUCGUUGGCUAUUCGUCGGUCAUUAUGCACGAAAUGUUCGAUUCCUCUUCAUAUGUCAGGCAAAGUACGAAUGCGAAGAAGAAGUAUUCAUGUACAUUGUUCUCUUUGUAAUCAUAAACAGAUUAUUGAUUGUCCAUAUGACCAAUGGUGUUCAAAGUAUGUUGAAUCCGUGCUUCCGGAUUCAUCUUGUGAUAAAUUACUGGAAGAAUAUAACAAUGAGUGA